GCCACCACGGCCACGGCUACGAUGCCAAUAUCGUUGCCACGCCUAAAGCCAAAGCCUCCAUUUCUCUUCCUCACCACCUUCUUCUUCUCCACUGCGUCAUCAACCACUGAUCUCACCUCCACCCUCUUCCACCAAUGCAAAUCCCUAGCCUCCGCCGAGCUCAUCCACCAACAACUCCUCGUCCAAGGCCUCCCCCAUGACCCCACCCACAUCAUCUCCAUGUACCUUACCUUCAACUCCCCCGCCAAAGCCUUGUCGGUCCUCCGGCGCCUCCACCCAUCUUCACAUACUGUUUUCUGGUGGAAUCAGCUGAUUAGACGAAGUGUGCAUCUGGGUUUUCUCGAAGAUGUCCUCCAACUUUACCGGCGGAUGCAGAGGCUGGGGUGGAGGCCGGAUCAUUAUACCUUCCCUUUUGUCCUCAAGGCGUGUGGGGAGAUUCCGUCGUUUCGAUGUGGGGCUUCGGUGCAUGCGGUGGUGUUUGCUAGUGGGUUUGAGUGGAAUGUGUUUGUGGGUAAUGGGUUGGUAUCGAUGUAUGGGCGGUGUGGGGCUUGGGAGAAUGCGAGACAGGUGUUUGAUGAAAUGCGGGAGAGGGGAGUUGGAGAUUUGGUUUCGUGGAAUUCGAUUGUGGCAGCUUAUAUGCAGGGUGGUGAUUCAAUUAGGGCGAUGAAGAUGUUUGAGAGAAUGACCGAGGAUCUUGGAAUCCGCCCGGAUGCUGUUAGCCUUGUUAAUGUACUCCCUGCUUGUGCUUCAGUGGGUGCGUGGUCACGGGGCAAGCAGGUUCAUGGUUAUGCUCUUCGGAGUGGGUUGAUUGAGGAUGUGUUCGUGGGUAAUGCUGUGGUUGAUAUGUAUGCAAAGUGUGGCAUGAUGGAGGAGGCAAACAAGGUUUUUGAGCGAAUGAAGGUUAAGGAUGUGGUUUCUUGGAAUGCUAUGGUUACUGGGUAUUCUCAGAUUGGUAGAUUUGAUGAUGCUCUGGGUUUGUUUGAGAAGAUUCGGGAGGAGAAGAUUGAGCUCAAUGUAGUGACUUGGAGUGCUGUGAUUGCCGGGUAUGCUCAGAGGGGUCUUGGUUUCGAAGCCCUGGAUGUGUUUCGGCAAAUGCUACUUUGUGGAUCAGAGCCUAAUGUUGUUACCCUUGUGUCCCUUCUAUCAGGUUGUGCUUCGGCAGGAACACUACGUCAUGGGAAGGAAACUCAUUGUCAUGCCAUCAAAUGGAUUCUGAACCUAGAUGAGAAUGAUCCAGGGGAUGAUCUGAUGGUGAUUAAUGCUCUUAUUGAUAUGUAUUCCAAGUGCAAAAGCCCUAAAGCUGCACAAGCAAUGUUUGAUUUGAUACCACCAAAAGAUAGGAGUGUGGUGACUUGGACAGUCUUGAUUGGUGGAAAUGCCCAGCAUGGGGAAGCUAAUGAAGCCUUAGAACUUUUCUCCCAGAUGCUCCAACCUGAUAAUUUUGUAAUGCCAAAUGCUUUUACUAUAUCUUGUGCUCUGAUGGCGUGUGCUCGUUUGGGUGCACUAAGAUUUGGUAGACAAAUUCAUGCUUAUGUAUUACGUAACCGUUUUGAGUCUGCGAUGUUAUUUGUGGCUAAUUGCCUUAUAGACAUGUAUUCCAAAUCUGGAGAUGUUGAUGCAGCUCGGGUUGUUUUUGACAACAUGCACCAGAGGAAUGGUGUUUCCUGGACAUCCCUAAUGACAGGCUAUGGCAUGCAUGGGCGUGGAGAAGAAGCUCUGCAGAUUUUUUAUGAGAUGCAGAAAGUGGGUCUGGUGCCUGAUGGUGUGACCUUUGUAGUUGUGCUCUAUGCUUGCAGCCAUUCUGGGAUGGUUGAUCAGGGGAUCAAUUACUUUAAUGGCAUGAACAAGGACUUUGGAGUGGUUCCUGGAGCAGAACACUAUGCCUGCAUGGUUGAUCUCUUGAGUCGUGCUGGUCGUUUGGAUGAAGCUAUGGAACUCAUAAGAGGCAUGCCUAUGAAACCAACCCCAGCAGUGUGGGUAGCAUUGCUUAGUGCUUGCAGGGUCUAUGCAAAUGUUGAACUGGGGGAAUAUGCCGCAAACCAGUUAUUAGAGUUGGAGUCGGGGAAUGAUGGGUCCUAUACCCUACUCUCAAACAUUUAUGCCAAUGCCAGGUGUUGGAAAGAUGUGGCUAGGAUCAGAUCUUUGAUGAAAAAUACAGGGAUCAAGAAGAGACCAGGUUGCAGUUGGGUCCAAGGGAGAAAGGGCACUGCAACAUUUUUUGCAGGAGACUGGUCUCAUCCAAUGUCUCAACAAAUAUGUGAUCUCCUUAGAGAUCUUAUGCAACGCAUCAAAGCCCUCGGCUAUGCUCCCGACAAUAGAUUUGCUCUCCAUGAUGUGGAUGAUGAGGAGAAAGGUGAUCUUCUUUCUGAACACAGUGAGAAGUUGGCUCUUGCUUAUGGUAUUCUAACAACAGCUCCAGGGGCUCCUAUUCGCAUCACCAAGAACCUUCGUGCAUGUGGUGAUUGCCAUAGUGCCUUUACAUAUAUCUCUAUAAUCAUUGAACAUGAAAUCAUAGUCAGAGACUCGAGCCGCUUCCAUCAUUUCAAGAAUGGAUCUUGCUCCUGCAGAGGCUACUGGUGAUCCCUAACUAAUGAUCAAGUUGGAUGCUUUGCACUGGGAGAGCAAGUUAUACAAGGCAAAAAGAAACUCAUAAAGCAGCCAAAUAAUUCAAGAGAUCGUCAAAAUUGAUCUCAAUUGGCCAGUAUAACUGAAGACUGAGCAGAGGCUUUCACCACAGCUAAUAGAUUAAUUAUUCUUUUAGAUGGGUUGCUCAUUGGUCAUUGGAAGCUUAUUUGGAUGGUGAGAAAAUAAUGGGAAGAGCACUCCCAAGGCCUUACAAACAGCUUUAGAGGCAUCAAGGAUGUUAGGUUAUGGGGGCUGGUAGUCAUGGUCAGCAUCACACGCCAUGGUUGAUCACACUCAUGACUGCCAUGGCUUUCAUGCUCCCUCCAUUCCCAUAGAUGGUAAUGUUUUCAAAUCACCUAUGCUGUUUGUUGAACCAUCCUGUUGACAGUGCCACAACUGGUGUGUUGUCAGAGUCUUUCUUGUUCAGAUGGCAUGCCACCAUCCCUGCCAGCCUCAAAAUUGUUCAUUGUCAUCACUGCCUUUGUACGUCUUUACACUUUUGGUGAAUAAUUAUAAGUGGUAUAUAGCUUUCCUUCUU